AUGUCUUCCAAACCUACACUGGUCUUAGUCCCAGGAGCAUGGCACACCCCCGAAGCCUGGAACAAGGUUACUUCACUUCUCGAAGCAAAGGACUACAAAUGCAUACCCGUAAUCCUUCCCUCGACCCUCUCCAACCCCUCGACAACAUUCUUCGAUGACAUCGAAGCAGUACGCGAUGCAAUCCUCUCGGAGACUAGACAGGGACGAAAUGUCGUCGUUGUAGUCCACUCCUAUGGUGGUGCCGUUGGCUGCAGCGCAGUCAAAGGGACAUCCUCAUCAAGCGAGACAUCGGGACGUGUCAUUGGCAUUGCCUCCAUGGCAUCUGGUUUCGGCCCUUCAGGAGUGUCUUUCAUCGACGGACUCGGCGGCUCGCCUCCUCCAUCUUGGAAAGUCGAUGAAGAGAGCGGAUUUGCAGUCUUGGUCGCUGAACCAAGGGAAUUGUUCUAUCACGAUCUUCCCGUCGAAGAGGGUGAAUACUGGGUUGGGAAGCUCACGAAGCAGGCUUCGAGGCCGUUGAUGCAUAAGGAGGGUGGAGAGCACGCUUACGCGGGGUGGAUGGAUAUCCCAGCCUGGUAUCUGGCUACAAGCCAGGAUAAAGCGUUCCCGUUUGAGGCCCAGAAGUAUCUUGUUCAGGUGGCCAAGGAUGCCGGGGGUGAUAUUACCGUGCGAGAGGUUGAGAGUAGUCAUAGCCCAAUGUUGAGUAAGCCGGAGGAGACUGCGAAGUUCAUCGAGGAGGCAGUCGCAGCGUUCGUGGGAUAG